GGGUCAUGGUUCUACGUUGAUCAGUAUUCUCGGGCUCUGGAAGCGAACUUGCUGUCGAUGCCGUGCACAUCGCACGACUCUUUUCCUCAUCAGUUCACAAUUCCUGAUGGUGAACAAGAACUAAUGGCUGCAAUUGAGCCGCAGUUGCCAUCCAAUUUGAAUGUUUAUUUACGUUUAAUCUCAUCGAGUCGUCAACCACCUGCAAGACGUGAAUUGUUGGCCGUUGCGAAAAUGGCUGUAGGAGGAACGUUGAGUUCACUCGAGGCAGAUCUGGUGGAUUGUGAGGCGAUUUUCGAUUGUUUGGAUCCGAUGAUAUUGAGCGGUGCUUGGUAUGAGAGGUUCACUGAGGACUGUGAGGAAGGACAUGCGUUAUGGGCUGAAAUUAUCAUACGAACUGGAUGUGAUACUGCGCAGACCCUUAUCGAAUUAGCAUAUCACUUGGCUCAUUCAAAUGAUGGUCGAUUUCCAAAUAAAUGCGAAAUUCUUCGAAAUUUUGGUGCGGACCUAAUUGAAAUCCGUUGUCCGGUGUUCGAUUAUGAGACCAGUCGCUUGCUGGUUGAAGCAGGCGCUUUGCUGCUUGAUCAAGAUCGUCAGGUACCGAUUCCAUAUUUUGUUCUGUCUUAUUCAUUUCAGGUCUCUUUUUCUCACUGA